GCUUUGCACCUCGUCGUCUGUCCAUCCCAUCACCAUGUUGAACCGCCUCUUCCGGCCGCAGUCCGGCCUGCGUGCCGCCUCCGCCUUUUCCCAGAAGCCCGUCUCCGCGCUCCCACGCUUCCAGGUCCGCAGCCUGCACCGCGUGCCCCAAUUAUCCAACGACCAGUACUUCAAGAACAAUGGUGUUCCGGAGCUGCUAUCACCGGAGGCGUUCGACUUCUCGUGGACGCAAUACCAGGGGCUGCUCAUUGACAAGCUGAACCUGAUGACGCAGGACACCGUCGACGCCGAUGCAAAGCCCGGAGAGCUGCUGGUCAAAUACUCCCGGCGGCCGGAGAUGGCAUCCGUGUUCAACUACGCCUCGAUGGCCCACAACAACCACUUCUUCUUCAACUGCCUGUCUCCCGCCCCCACCCAGAUCCCCGAACCGUUCGCCAAAGACAUCGUCGACACCUGCUCCUCGAUCGAAUCCCUGAAGCUCGAUUUCCUGGCCACCGCCAACGCCAUGUUCGGCCCGGGUUUCGUCUGGCUGGCUAAGAACCUGGAGAGGGAGGGACUGAUGCACAUUUUCUGCACGUACAACGCCGGCUCGCCGUACCCGGCUGCGCACGCGCGGCGCCAACCGGUGGACAUGGCGACGCACUCGCUUGACGCGCCGCUGGGCAACCAGUUCGCGGGCGCGAUGGGCGCACACGCGGCCAACCAGAAGAACAUGGCCCCGGGCGCGUUGGACGUGCAGCCGAUUCUGUGUGUGAACACGUGGGAGCAUGUGUGGAUGAUGGACUACGGCAUUGGCGGCAAGGCCGAGUAUCUGGAGCGGUGGUGGGACCGGAUCAACUGGGAGGUGGUGUUUGACAACUACAAUGCGGUCAGCUCGGUGCGGGCUGGGCGGAACGCCAACCUGGAACGGAACUUGAGCAUGCUGUAGGCGUGUAUACCUUUGAUUCUAUUGUUCUGUUCUGUCUGUUCAUUUAUGUGAUAAACUGUAUUAUACAAAUGGAGUAUUUAAGGCUGCCUCUACCUCUGGC